UUCUUCACAUCGCCCGAAAACAACUUUCCGGACUACAGCUUUGACUUCUAUCGACUGAAAAUGUCGAAAAAACAGAUUUACUAUUCUGACAAGUAUAACGAUGAGGACUUCGAGUACAGGCAUGUGGUGCUUCCAAAGCAGCUGUCUAAACUGGUGCCUUCCUCCCACCUGAUGACAGAAGAUGAGUGGAGGGGACUGGGGGUGCAACAGAGCCAGGGCUGGAUUCACUACAUGAUCCACAAACCAGAGCCACACAUACUGCUUUUCAGAAGACCUCUCCCAAAGGAUUAAAGGGGACCCAUCUGUACAAUGCCUGCUAUCAUCUUUGCUGAUUUGUAUUGUCUUUGAACCAUACAUCUCUCCUACAUACAUAUCUACAUAUGUUCUGAUGUAUUGUGUAGAAAACCCUUAGUUGCAUUGUGUUUUUUGUCUUUUCAAAUUCCCUCAAUUUUUUAGAGGUGAUGAGAGGCAAACGGCUUGAUUCCACUGUGAAUGAUAACCUUAAAAACAAUAUGAAGGUGAAAGAGUGCCUGACAAUUGUACAUUUUUAACACAUUUUUUAAAUGUCUUUUGAUGCCAUUUUGUUAUGAUUUUAUUUACUGAGUAUCGCACAGGCAUAAGUUUUUCUGUAUUUCUCUCUCUCUUCUUCUUUUUUUCCUCACUAUUUUCCCAAAAGAGUUUUCUCUGUUUUCCUGUUCUUUAAAUGUAUGUUUGUGUUGUGUACAUAAUAUUAUUUCUAGAUAUUAUAAAUGUUGACACUGAGUCUUGGGUGAUUCAACAUGCCCCUUUUGUUGCUGAAAGAACAAAAUUAAAUGUACUUCACAUAU